CGCUCGUGGCCGCGGCGAAAGUCCCCGCAAAGAUUUCUCCCUCUCGGCGCGCGCUUUUGCUGCGGCCUCCGCCCCGAGGAUGCCGCUGGAACUGAGCGCCUGGGACGGGCUCCUGCGCCUCGGCGAGGCGGACGAGAAGCCGGCGCAGCUCCUGCGGGUGCGGUAUGGGGCUGUGGAGCUCGAGGAGCUGGGCCAAGUGCUGACUCCCACCCAGGUCCAGAACUGUCCAACUUCCAUUGAAUGGAAUGGCUGCGACCCAGAGAAACUCUACACUUUGAUUCUUACUGACCUUGAUGUUCCCAGCAGGGCAGACCCAAAGCUCAGAGAGUGGCACCAUUUCCUAGUGACCAACAUGAAAGGCAACGACAUCAGCAGCGGAUGCAUCCUGUCGGAUUAUGUUGGAUCGGCACCCGCCAAAGGAACAGGAUCUCACCGCUACGUAUGGCUGCUCUAUGAGCAGCCACAGGAACUGACCUGCGAUGAACCUAUCCUGAACAACCUCACCGCUGCCAAGCGCGAGAAUUUCCGAUCCUCUUCUUUCCGCAAGAAGUACAAUCUGGGCGCCCCUGCGGCAGGGGUCUGCUAUCAGGCCAAGUGGGACAGCCACGUCCCAAAGAUUUAUGAGCAACUGAAUGUAAAAGAGCCUGAUGUGUAAAUCACACUGCAACUGAAUAAAGACAAUUAAACAAACGGAGAA